AUGACAUAUGUUAAAGAUCUUGAGGAAGAAAUACAUCGUAUCCUCCAAUCUUCUUCUAAAUUACGUAACUAUAACAGUGAGUUACGGGAUAAAUACAUAAAGCAAGAGGAGAAUUUUGAUCAAAAAAGAAAGGGGUGGGAUCGGGAUAGAAAGAAGUGGAGUAAAAAACUAGGAGGGAUUGUUACCGAGAAUCAAAACCUGCAGUUUGAAAAUGCUAGAAAAGCUAUUUCUCUUGCUAAUUUUAAAUCUGAGAUUGAUAUAAAAUCCAAGGAAAUUACAACACUUCGGUCUAUGAAAAAAAUAUUAGAAGGUAGAUUAACAUCGGCUCAGAAUGACACAGUCUCAACCCAGGAAGAGAUAUUAAAAAAAGAAUCUGAGAUCACGUAUCUCAAGUCUGAAUUGAUGAAUUUAAAGAGCGAAUUGGUUUUGAAAAUUAGUGAACUUGACUGUCUGAAAUCGGAGGCUAUAUCAAAACCCGUCGUUGGUGGAGAUGUCGAAAAAAAUAUGCAGAGCGAUGAACAAAGUUCCAUAACCAAGUCUGACGAUAUAUCUGCAAUUAGUGAACCUAUCAAAAAUCUCAGUAAAUAUUUUAUACGUAAAAAAAAUAUGGAUCAAGCUGGAAAAAUCGAUACUAUUGUGCUAGAUCACACUGAUGAUAAAAGUACUUCUAUACCUGAGGAAUCAGUAAUUCGAGGCUAUGACUCAUAUCCAAGUGUAGAUACUGAGAUUAUUCCCAAUGUAAGUGAUAAAAUCGAUAUUAGUAAAACUAAUAACAAUAUACUUGUACAGCCGGAAAAUAAUAUGUCCUCUUUGAUUGAAUCGAAUACCCAGAUGGGACCUGGUCCCGAGGCUUUGCCUCUUUCUGCUGUGGCAAGCACUUUGAUGUCACCGCUAUCAGCAUAUAUUUUUCUUAUUUUGUUGAUUAUCGCGGUUAUGUGGUUCGUGGUAUUGAGACGUACAUGGGGAUUGAAGAGGAAAAGUGAGCAGAUGCAGGAUGUUUGUAAGGAACCAUCGUCGCCAUUAUAUACAGAUUGUAUUGUUACACAUUCCUUUAUGGUAGUAGGGAUGAGAUUUCGCGGUGGUCAUAAGUUUAAGAAAUCAGAUACCAUCACUCUUGAACUGGAGCCUUCUAAUAUGUAUGAUAAGAAUGCGAUAAAAAUUAUGGUAGAUGGUAUCCAUAAAGCCUAUGUGGCAAAGGACGAGAAUGUAAGUAUAGGAGAUUUGGACGCUACCCUCGUUAUCGG